CCUCGCAACUCUUUUAAUCAUAAACCAUACCUCAACUACACCACUUAUGGUCAACCACACGCCCCUUUUCUUUCUUCUUUCUUUUUUCUCUAUUUUUUUUUAAAUUAUUCUAUUUUUUCUUGUCUCUCCUUUUUCUCUAAUUUUUUUUUAAAUUAUUCUAUUUUUUCUUGUCUCUCCUAAUCCUUUCUGCGUGUCCCUCUCACAUCUCUCUCUCUCUCUCAUCAUACACAUGUACUUGCAUAUGCAUACAUAAAAUUACACCAAUAUACCAAAACAGAAAACCCCCCUCUCUUUCUCUCUCUAGCUCACAAUUGCAUGAGCUGGAGGGAGAUUCCGUGUGUGGGAUUCGAGCUGUAAUUGAAAGGGCCUCCCAUCCCCUAUAUAUACCCACCCUCCUUCCCCAACUUCUCAUCUCAAAAACACACAACCAAACACCAUGGAUUCCAUCUCCCUACUCUUCUCUCUCAUCGCCACCGCAGCCUUCUCCCUCUUCCUCUUCAACUACUUCCUCUCCCUCUUCACCUCCGGCAACGUCAAGCUCCCCCUCCCUCCCGGCACCCUCGGCUGGCCCUACAUCGGGGAAACCUUCCAACUCUACUCCCAGAACCCCAACACCUUCUUCGCCUCCAAACUCAAGAAGUAUGGGUCGAUAUUCAAGAGCCACAUACUGGGGUGCCCCUGCGUGAUGAUCGCGAGCCCGGAGGCCGCGAAGCAGGUGCUGGUGACGAAUGCGCAUCUCUUCAAGCCCACAUUCCCCGCGAGCAAAGAGAGGAUGCUGGGGAAGCAAGCCAUCUUCUUCCACCAGGGCGACUACCACGCCAAGCUCAGGAAGCUCGUCCUCAGAGCCUUCAUGCCCGAGGCCAUCAAGGGCAUCGUCUCCGAGGUCGAGUCCAUCGCUGUCGACGCCCUCCGCUCGUGGGAUGGGAACCUCAUCACCACUUUCCAAGAAAUGAAAACAUAUGCAUUCAAUGUGGCAGUGCUCUCCAUUUUGGGAAAGGAUGAAGGGCAGUACAGAGAGGAUCUGAAGAGCUGUUAUUACAUUCUCGAAAAGGGGUACAACUCGAUGCCCAUCAACUUGCCCGGGACGCUCUUCCACAAGGCCAUGAAAGCAAGGAAGGAGCUGUCGAGAAUCUUGGCCAAGAUUCUGUCGGUUAGGAGGGAGACGAAGCAGCAAUACAAUGAUCUGCUGGGAUCAUUCAUGGAGGAAUCCGAGGGCCUCACCGACGAGCAGAUCGCCGACAACAUAAUCGGGGUCAUCUUCGCCGCCCGUGACACCACAGCUAGCAUCAUGACAUGGAUUCUCAAGUACCUUGCAGAAAAUCCAAGUGUGCUGCAAGCAGUCACUGAAGAGCAAGAGGCCAUAAUUAAGGCCAAGGAGGAAGCUGGUGAGGAGAAGCUUCUCAAUUGGGCUGACACAAAGAGUAUGCCAAUUUCUACAAGGGUUAUUCAAGAAACACUCAGAGUUGCCUCAAUUUUAUCCUUCACAUUUAGAGAAGCUGUGGAAGAUGUUGAGUUUAAUGGAUAUUUGAUUCCAAAAGGGUGGAAGGUGCUGCCACUAUUCAGAAACAUUCACCAUAAUCCAGAAAAUUUCCCAGAGCCAGAGAAGUUUGAUCCUUCAAGAUUUGAGGUUGCUCCAAAGCCCAAUACAUUCAUGCCAUUUGGCAAUGGGAUCCACUCAUGCCCAGGGAAUGAGCUAGCCAAGCUGGAGAUCUUGGUUUUAUUACAUCAUCUCACCACAAAGUAUAGGUGGUCUAUGAUGGCCCCACAGAAUGGAAUCCAGUAUGGACCCUUCCCUCUUCCCCAGAAUGGUCUGCCCAUCAAGAUCUCUCUCAAGACAACCUCAAAUUAACAACAUAAGCCCAACUAACAACUAUGUGUUGUGUUGUGUCCAAAUGCAAAGCAUGUUUCCUGCCAAGUAGAAAAGCAAGAUAAAUAGAUUUCAGAAUAAUGAUGGAAAAUGGAGGCAGCCCACCAAUCAGAAGAAGAUUUCUGGUGGGUGGUGACACCAAUUGUACAGCAAGAGUUUCAAGAAACUGAGAAAGGAUUCAUUCUCUCCUCUCCACACUCCUACAUCAUCUCAUCAAGUAGCUAUUUAGCUAGACAAAUUCUUUGUAUUUUAGCCCUUCUUCAUCUCUCAUUUCUUAUUUUUCAUUUUUCAUUUUUCAUUUUGCUUUCUCUCAUAUGUAAAAAGUCCGCAAGGCAAAUCAAUCAAAAUCUCCAGUCUCAGUUUUGGCAA